AUGACAUCGGCCGAGAAUAUCUCUUCAAUAAGCACUAUGCAGUACUUCAAGCCACUAGAUAUACCACCACCAACCAACAUCCCACAACCCGCCAAACGCCCACAUCCUAGGGAAAAGGAAACCGCAGCAUGGGCCCACACGUCAUUUCCCAUCAUCCAGCACCAGUCAAAGCUCUUCACUCGCCCGGCAAAAGAAACCAAAGAAGAAUUCAGUCUAAACGGACAUCGAUCUCUCUAUCACUCCCGACGAAUAUCGCGACCAAAGCAAAAGCAAAUCCACAUUGAUCAUUAUUACAAUAACUGCAGCAAUACAUUCCUCAACGAACUUAAUUGCACAAGCAGAAUUAAUGUCUUCAAUCUACCUACUCAGUACUGCCUGGGCCAAUUGGAAAUAACGGGUACGAAUCUUCUAACGAGAAGAAGCCCUAGUGAUAUUGAACGACAUAUGUAUUCCCUCUGGUAUUGCCAAAUUUCAGUCACCUGGUUGACCGUCGCAAUGUACUUCACAACAUCAUAUCCACCUUCCCUCUCCGGAAGGACAAAUUUAAGGUGA